AUGAACACUAUAACGAGGUUGGAGGAAGCUACCACACACCAACUGCAUCUGCCCCCCCCACUCCCUAUCCUGCCACAGCAGUUUUCCCUGCCCGUGCCGGCCGUUGCCACUGCUGUAAUGGGGCAUGCGCGCCAACACCCCACCUCCGCCUCUAUCCAUCGCAGCCCGCAGGCAGCAGCUUCAUGCAGUCACCUUGGGCAGCCGCACCGGAUGUGGCCAGGAGGAAGCUUCCUUGCAGGUGGCGCAGCUCCCGCCUCACCACGGGCCAGGCGGAAGAAGGGUGGGCGGAGAGCAGCGCUGGGGGAGGAGGAGGAGGAGGAGGAGGAGGAGGAGGAGGAGGAGGAGGAGGAGGAGGAGGAGGAGGAGGAGGAGGAGGAGGAGGAGGAGGAGGAGGAGGGCGGCAAGGGGACAGGGGUCAGUGCAGGAACGUGGGGAAAGAUGAGGCAAGCAGGGUAA